AUGGCAAUGUCCUUUCGUGGUUGGCAAAACAAGGAGGUGAACAAGGACUUCGCAAGACACAUGAAAGAGGUAGUGGAUAAGUUGUUCAGAACUCUUUCAUUAGGGUUAGGGGUUGAAGGUGAUGUGGUAAAAGAAUCAGAGGGUGGUGAAGAUAUUGAAUAUAUGCUUAAAAUCAAUUAUUACCCACCGUGUCCUCGUCCUGAUCUGGCCCUUGGGGUUGUCCCUCACACUGAUCUUUCCACCAUCACCAUUCUUGUUCCUAAUCAAGUCCCUGGACUCUAAGUCCUUAAGGAUGACCAUUGGAUCGACGCCAAGUACAUCCCCAAUGCUCUUAUUAUUCACAUUGGUGAUCGAUUGAGCAAUGGAAGGUACAAGGCAGUGCUACACAGAACAACGGUGGACAAGGAGAAGACAAGGAUGUCAUGGCCAGUAUUUUGAGAGCCACCAGGGGAAUUUGUGGUUGGUCCACUUUCUCAACUUGUUGGAGAAGAUAAUCCAUCUGAACCUAAAUGCAAGCCCAAGAAAUUUAAUGAUGGCAGAUACUGCAAUUCCCCAUUUCCAUAUCAAGAAACCACCGGGAAGGAGGUAGCGAGAAGGUUGGUCAACGACUUUCUUGGAAUGGUCAUUGGAAAUUGA